AUGGAAAGAGCCAACAAGACUACAGUGAAUGAAUUUAUUCUGCUGGCAUUUUCCCAGUUUAACCAGUUUCAGAUAUUACUUUUUCUGGUACUGUUACCGGUGUAUCUAACAUGUGUCAUCGGGAACAUUACCAUAGUUUUCUUGACUAAGGUUGAACCCUCACUCCACAGUCCCAUGUACUUCUUUAUUAGUGUAUUUGCAACUUUGGAGAUUCUGUUUGUAUCAGUUACUGUCCCCAAACUCCUGGAGAAUCUCAUUGGGAUCAAUAACAAGAUAUCUUUUACUGGCUGUUUUACACAGUUGUAUGCAAUCAAUUCACUGGGGACAACAGAAUGCUAUCUCCUGGCAGUAAUGGCGUAUGAUCGAGAAUUGGCUAUUAAUAAUCCUUUGAGAUAUGGAGCUCUUACAAGCCAAGCAUUUUGUAUCAUGAUGGCUACUAUCCCAUGGUUAGGUGGCUUUGUGGUUACUCUACCUCCUACAAUACUGACGGCUGACUUGGAAUUCUAUGGUCAAAAUACAAUCAAUCACUUUCUUUGUGACUUUUCUCCAUUGCAGAACAUAGCCUCUUCUAAUCCUUCUCUUAGCAACAUGGCUACAAGCAUAGGUUCAAUUUUUGCCAGUAUUAUCCCAUUCUUUGUGAUUUUAGGAUUUUAUAUUCACAUUAUUAUCAUAAUUUUAAGAAUAAAGACUGUUGAUGGGAAGCAGAAGGCCUUCUCCACUUGUUCUUCCCACAUCAUAGUGGCUGGUUUGUUCUACGGCACAGCAAUAAUGGUGUAUGUUAGGCCCAAGGGUAGUCAAUAUGACAAAUUUCUUGCCCUUAUGUACAUGAUUGUGACUCCUGUGUUAAACCCUUUCAUCUACACAUUAAGAAACAAGAAUGUAAAAGACGCCUUCAAAAAAUCAAUUAGACAGACUUGUUGGUAA